AUGGAUUAUCGCAGUGGGAUAGUUGAGGAUGAGCAGGCCGUGGGCCACUCACCGUGGGGUUCUUCGCCUCCCGCAACGCCGCGGCGCAACGAUACAACCUACAGCUCCGCCGGCAACGACUCCGGGUACGGCUAUGGAUCGCAAACUACAGACAAUGGUUCCAGUCAGCCUGAAGCGCCAGAGGACCCCUUCAAGGGGCCGAGCGACAGCGCUGCUGCUGACUCUGGCUUUGGCGAGUCGCAAGAAUCCGAGGCAUCGCAACAAUCUGGAUUCGGAGACUCCUUGAACCACCAGCAGCAACAAGAGCAGCAACAAGCGCAGCCGGGCUUUUCCCAAGAACCUGAUGCGCCGCAACAGCAGCAACAGCAACAACAGCAGCACGGUCAACAUGAGGGGCAGCCAAGUGCCCAGGGGCAACCAGUGCGACGACCAACCCAGCCGCAAUAUAAGCUACAGGCAAAGAUCACGGGAUUGGAGAGAACUGGCCGCAAAGACCCGAUCUUGAGGUUUGAUGUUCACACGAACAUUCCAAGAUUCCGAACCACACAGUUCCGCGAUGUCCGCCGCAUGCACUCCGAAUUCGUCAAGCUCGCAGACCACUUAAUAUCGGCAAACCCGGACGCUUUCGUUCCCGCGGUCCCUCCACCGGUCACUUCUGCCGGCGCCGGCACAGACGAGGACGAAACGCGGGUAAAGGCCCUCAUGCAGAGAUGGUUCAACUACGUUUGCAGCAAUGAGGUACUUAUGAGGGACGAGGAAAUGGUGCUAUUUGUGGAGAGCGACUUUGGCUAUAGCCCCAUGUACAAGAUGAAGCAACCCGCAACUGGAGUGCGAAGAAAGGUUCUGAAGCAAUUUGCUCCUCCGCCGGACGAUACCCCUGAACUUUCUGAAGCUCGGCCUAUAGUCAAGCUGUUCUACCUUGGUUCCAUGGAUGCUGGACACAAGGUUGACAAGCUGGUUAAAGCACGCCGAGGUUUGGGUCUUGCGGAAUCAGAUUUCGGCGUUAAGCUUGGCGGCAUGAACAUUCAAGAGCCACAUCCAGGUCUGGCAAAUGCCUACCGCAAGCUUGGAAAGAUCGUGCAGACGGUUGGAGACUGCCACGCCGCCCAAGCCACUGCCGAAGCCACGACCAUUGGCGACCCUUUCCAGUACCAUUCGCAGGAUGCCUUCAUUGUCAAGGAAACCUUGACAAACCGUCAGCUUUUGACGCGCGAGUUCCUACAGGCGCAGGAGUCGACACGCAGUAGGCUCAAUGCGGCAGACCGUCUCAAGGCCUCCUCAAAUGUCCGUCGUGACAAGGUCGACGAGGCCAUUACAGCCUUGGAUGAUGCUCGCAACAGUGAGCUGGAACUUAUGAGAAAGACCCAGCGCGUGUCGCAGAACCUUGUGCAGGAGCGCCGUCGCUGGUUUGCUCGCACAGCGGCCGACCUCCGUAUGAGCAUUCGCGAAUAUGUGAUACGGGAAAUUGAUGCUGAGCGCCGAACUCUGGCUCUGCUUGAGAGCGUGCGACCAGAUGUCAGAGCCAUCGAUGCUUCUGGUGGCUUGAGUAGACUAGGACGUGAAGCACACCCCGUGGCACGUCGCACCAAUCUAGCGGCCAGUCAGGGUCCCAAGGGUGAUGCGUGGAGUGGUGUGCCCCGGCGCUCGGAAAACCUGAACAGGAGCAUGUCGGGGAGUCUGAUGGGUGGUCUGCCAGAAGAGGAGGCGGCUGAGGCAGACAAGGCGGCUGCUGCUGGUGGAGGACUGAGCGGCUUGGCCGAGGAGGACGAUGAGGACAGGGUUGACGCUCGGAAUGCUGCCAGCCGACUGGCGACUAGCACGUUCUAG